CGUGAAGACUUCCCCAUUUGAGAUCGAACGGAAGAACUAUUAAACCCGCCCCUCUCUCUCUCUCUCUCUCUCUCUCUCGCGAGGAGAUCCUUCAUGGAAUCUCCUUUUCCUGUACUCUCCACCCCGUUUGUUCAUUAAGAGGGUGGAUCUCGGCGGUCUCCGUGUCGGUGAUUUCUCUUCUGCUCCUUCUUCGAUUCUUUUCUGGGUGUUCGAUGCCUCCUCCUGGGCGAAGGCUUUUCCUCGCCCUCGCCCUUCCUCUCCUCCUCCUCCCGGGCCUCGACGCCCUGCGAACCCUUGGCGACGGCAGCGGCGCCGAUGCCCCCGACGCCGCCGUGGAGCUCAACGCCUCCAACUUCGACAGCGUCCUCAAGGAGUCCCCGCUCAAGUUCGCCGUCGUCGAGUUCUUCGCCAGCUGGUGUCCUGCUUGUAGAAACUAUAAGCCUCAAUAUGAGAAAGUUGCCAAGCUUUUCAAUGGGCCAAAUGCAGUGCAUCCUGGGAUUAUACUCAUGGCACGGGUUGAUUGUGCAAUGAAGACAAAUGCAGAUCUUUGUGGUAAAUUUUCUGUUGGACAUUAUCCUAUGCUAUUCUGGGGCCCUCCACAUAAAUUUGCAUUUGGUCGAUGGGACCCUAAGCAAGACAAGAAUGAGAUACAACUGAUUGAUGAGUGGAGGACAGCAGAUCACCUGCUCAGUUAUAUAAACAAGAGAAUUGGCAGCUCAUUCGGCUUGGAUGAUGAAAAAUAUGAAAAUGAGGAUACACUCCCAAGGAAUGCCUCUGAUCCGGAAGAAAUUGCUCGAGCAAUUUAUGACGUUGAGGAAGCAACAGCACAAGCAUUUGAAAUAAUCUUCCAGAACAAGAUGAUCAAGUCAAAUACUCAAGUCCCACUUAUAAAAUUUCUUCAACUUUUGGUGGUUCAUCAUCCCUCAAAAAGGUGUCGGAGGGGAAGUGCUGAAAUGCUAGUGAAUUUCGAUGAUUUGUGGCCUUCAGAUCCCAUAUCACUGAGUUCACAGGAGACCACCAUAUUGCAGCAAGUAGAUGCUUCCAAGUACUAUCAUAUUUGUGGCAAGGAAGUUCCUCAUGGGUACUGGAUAUUUUGCCAUGGGAGUAAGAAGGGUACCAGAGGUUUUAGCUGUGGCCUCUGGGUUCUAUUUCACUCCCUAUCCGUUAGAGUUGGAGAUGGAGAGAGCAAUUUAGCCUUUAUAGCAAUAUGUGAAUUUAUUCAGAAUUUUUUCAUCUGUGAUGAAUGUCGCAAUCAUUUUCAUGAGAUAUCGUCAAGUGUCUCAGUACCAUUUAACAAAACCCGUGACCUAGCAAUGUGGCUGUGGAGAACACAUAACAAGGUCAAUCAGAGAUUGAUGAAAGAAGAAAAAACUUUGGGUACUGGUGAUCCGAGAUUCCCGAAGAUCACUUGGCCUCCGAAGCAGCUCUGUCCAUCAUGCUAUCUUUCCUACAGCAGGGAAAGCAAUGGCACUGAGAACAUAGAAUGGGAUGAGGAUGAAGUGUUCCAGUUUUUGGUCAGAUAUUAUGGAAGAACGAUUGCUUCUUCCAAGGAAGCAACUCUCAGCAGCAGUGACGAUGCAGCUUUGACAUAUGACAUAGCUUCCUCAACCAAUGCAGUGACAGUUCCCAUCGGAGCUGCACUAGCCAUCGCGGUUGCUAGCUGUGCAUUCGGAGCACUAGCUUGCUUUUGGAGGACCCAACAGAAGAAUCGGAAGUACUUACACCAACUACACUCUCUAAAGAAAAUAUAAUUAGUAGGAGGGCACAGAAAAGGUUGGAACUGAAGGCAUCAAGAACAAGUCAAACUAUCGCUUCUAUGAACUGAAGCAAAUAUGGAUUAUUGGCUUCAUGAAUGAUAUUCACCAGAAUUCGCCAUCAACUAAUUAUCUGAUUUUUGGUUGUCUGCCUGGAAAUGAGCUGUAUACUGUUUUACAAAUUCACACUACAAUUUUCAAAUAGUAUGUCAAACUUAUAUUAAUUAGCAUCAAAUGUCAGGUAGCUCUGCAUCUAGCAACAAUUAUUGGAAAGGUCAGCUGUGUGGAAAAAACUGGGAAGGGUUGGAGACCCUUGAUUUGUAAUUCAAAUCAAGUUUUCUUUGGGCAUUAGGGAUCAAGACAUUUGGUUAUCUUAUAAAGGGCAUAGUAGUAAAUGGCUUGGAGGUUGAUGCAGAGCUUUGAGAUGACACCAAUGAACAUUGAAGUUUGACUGAUGUCAUCCAUUGAAUUAGAGACUUCAAUUUUUCAA